AUGUUCAAUCUCACCCGAUUAGAAUACCUUGACCUUUCCAGUAACACUUUAAAUGGUACCCUUCCAUCUCAAUUGUGGAGUCUCAAGAAUUUAGAGAUUUUGUAUCUUAGCCAUAAUCAGUUGACCGGUCCAAUCCUUCAAUCUUUUGCUUCCAUGUUCAAUCUCACUCGAUUAGAAUACCUUGACCUUUCCAGUAACAGUUUAAAUGGUACCCUUCCAUCUCAAUUGUGGAGUGUCAAGAAUUUAGAGAUUCUGGAUCUUAACCAAAAUCAGUUGACCGGUCCAAUACUAACAUCUUUUGGUUCCAAGCUCGAUCUCACCAUAUUAGUACACUUUGACCUUUCUGGUAAAAGUUUUAGUGGUACCCUACCAUCUCAGUUGCGGACUCUCAAAAAUUUAGAAUUUCUGGAUCUUAGCAAAAAUAGGUUAACCAGUCCAAUCCCUCCGUCUUUUGGUUCCAUGAUCAAUCUCAAACUCCUAGACUUGAGCACAAAUCAACUAAUAGGACCAAUUCCACAGGAACUUUGUAAUCUGCAAAACCUAGAAACAUUGAACCUUAGUAUGAAUAACAUCACUGGCUCCAUUCAUCCACAUAUAGAAUAUCUGAAGAACAUAAAAGAACUCGACCUUAAUCAUAAUCAGCUUUCUGGUGUGAUUCAUCUUGAAUUUAGAAACUUGUCUAGUCUCUCUUACCUUGAUUUUUCAUCAAACCGUUUGUCCCGGAAUGUAUCCUUUCAGUAUCCGUGUAGAUUACAGUAUCUAGACCUCUCUGAUAAUUUCCUGACUGUUAUCUGUUUUAAUUUCUUAUCGUUGGAGUACUAUAGUCUAAACGUGUCUGGGCUUGAUAGGGGAUAUUGUAAAAAAACUGACUAUGGAAGUGUUUAUGAAGGCAAGCCCUCCAAAGAACACAAACAUAUCCUCCUUUUGGAGAUUCUUCUUCCGAUGAUUGUUGGAUUUUGUUUCUUAGUGAUUGGUUAUGUGCUUACCAUCACAAAAAGGCCACAAUGGAGAGAAGUCAACCAGAACUACAAAAACAUGCAUACAGAAUUAUUGGCUAGAAUUAUGUUAUAA